AUGACCAAUAAUCUUUUUGAUGACGAUGCCUAUCAAACCCAGAUGGUCGACCGCUGGGACGGAAAUUCAGAUUAUGCCCCCACACCUGGUAAUUUCGCUCGCACGCCCGCCACCGUGUACUCUCUUAGCCCUGCCCCUGAGUGUGCCACGGACCAACUGCAGCCUGAUUAUCUUGACUUUCUCCCGUUGGCUGAAUGGGAAGAAGGUGGCGAAUAUGACGAGCUGCCACCGAGAUAUGUCUCGUACACAAUUGCCUGGAGGCUUAUACUCAACCGCAAAACGGUAGGCAAAGUAACUGAGGAAGACCUGGUUAUAGCUCCUGGCGAUUACUGGGGAAAGAGUUUACAAACAAACGUUGAAAACAUGCUGCAAACAAAAAAGAAGCGUCACCAGCGAGUUCGAUCAGAAGGCACGGCUAUUACAGUCAAAGUGAACGAACGGUCGCAAGCAAAACUGGAAAAGUUUUGUAGUUCUACUAACAUAAACUGGACCCCAGUGGAGAAGCAACUACGUAAAUGGAGCAAUCUACUUCGUAUGGGCAAGAAGCUCACGAUCGAGAUCGCCUUCACUUAUAGGGAGGAUGAUGAUGGCCAUUCCAUGCCUCCGCCAAGAAAAUCCGAAAAGAGAGGACGUGUAUCUGCAACUAGCAGAAUGUUAGCUGAACGUGAGGCGAACAUUGUGGCGGAGGAAGAGGUCACUGGACAACCUUCGACCUGGGAACGCGGUGGCAUCCUAGAUGGUCAUGACGAUAUUCCCGGUGAUAUUCGUCGAGACCUAAUCCUGGAAAGCCAGACAGGAAGAAGUUCGAAAAAAGUUGAUGUGCCAACAACGGGAGUACCAUAUCCUCCAACAAUAGUCAAUGUUUUACCAGCACAAAACGGGAGUGCGCCCGUGAUUACUUCAUCUCUACCCAGGCCCUUAUCUGAGGAGCGGCUGAUGAUUGCCGGGCCUCGUGAAACAGCUGUGAGAGAAUACUGCAAAUGGCCGGAGUCACGUGCCACUGAGGAGGCGUAUAAAGCUGAUUUCCGCAACAUUUGCCAGGUGAUUUUGGAGAAUCAUCUAGAUCUUGAACUGAUCCUCGAGGAUCCAGACUCUGGCUUCUUCGUUCAGCGCGAGAUUCGAAUUGGGACUGCUCGUCGCUUCCUACGUGACAUAAACGCAUGGGCCACUGCGAAGAAUUCAAACGGAUCACUUGACCAGACCGCUGAACUAUCUCCCAGCGGUGCCCAAUUGACUUGA